GGGCGGGGUCAGAGGGCGCGGGGCGGGGCCGCUGCCUGGCGGCCGGACAUGGCGGCCUCCGAGCGGGGCGACUCGGAGGUGGAGGAAGCAGGGCAUGUCUUCCUCUUGAUGAAGAAAGACUAUCGCAUCUCCCGCAACGUGCGUCUUGCCUGGGUCCUCAGCCGACUCCACCAGGUCAUCUGGGCUGUGCCUGAGCCGGAGCUGGUGAAGUCAGAAAAUGAACUGGAUGUUCUCAGCAUCUUGCCUAAUGGGUGGCAGCCGGAUGAGCCUGUCCAGCCUAGGCCCUAUCUCCUAGUGCCCUCGACACGGGUCACCUUCCUGGCCCGCCAGUACCGGUUUGUGAUUGAACUUGACCUGAGCCCUUCCACAGGGAUUGUGGAUGACUCAACAGGGGAGAUAAUUUUUGAUGAAGUGUUUCAUGCUCUUUCCCGAUGCUUAGUGGGAUUGUUAAGACCCUUUCGUAUCCCUGGUUCGGACAUUAUUUACCAGCCAGAGAUCUUUGUGACCAUCCAGGCAUAUUCCUCCAUCAUUGGCCUGCAGUCCCAUCAGGUACUAUUCCAGGGCUGUCAGCUGGAUGAGACGAAGCGAGAGGCCUUUCUGCACCAGGUGUACACACAACUAUGUACUUUUGAGAACAAAGUGGCGGAGAUGCUCCAGCAGCAAUAUGAACCGAAACCACAGGUGGACUUGUCGCCCCUGAGCCAAGAGAGCCCUGGUGACGCACAGGAGCCAUCGGGCAGGAAGCCCAGCGUGUCUGUUGUCACGGCUGAUGUAGGCCUCGUCAGCAUGGUCCGGCAGGGUAUCCUGGCGCUGCAGUUGCUGCCGUCCAACUCCAGUGCAGGUAUAAUAGUAAUUACGGAUGGUGUGACUAGCGUCCCUGAUGUGGCCGUCUGUGAAACUCUACUCAACCAGCUUCGCAGUGGCACUGUGGCCUGCUCUUUUGUACAGGUAGGCGGUGUCUACUCGUAUGAUUGCAGCUUUGGCCACGUUCCCAAUGUGGAACUGAUGAAAUUCAUCGCCAUGGCCACUUUUGGUGCUUACCUCUCCACGUGCCCUGAGCUGGAUCCCCUAAGCCUCGAUCUGAAUGUGUAUCACAAGGCAUUUCUGCUGUACUCCUUUCUGCGUACUGGGGAGUCCCUGAAUCCAGAAUACUACUGCGUGUCGCAGCACAGAUUGUUCAAUGAGCACCUGGUGUCUGUAAGCAGCAACCCCGCUCUGGCUAUGAGGAGGAAGAAGCACACCGAAAAGGAGGUGCACGCUGACCUUGUGAGCAUUGUCUCAGUCCGGCUGCGCGAGGGCUACAGCAUCCGUGAGGUCAACAUCACAAAAGGUGGGUCUCAGCUGGAGGUGAAACUAGUGCUGCUUUGGAAGCAUAACAUGAGGAUAGAAUACUUAGCUGUGACACCCUGGCCCUUGGACCCACUGAAGCGCAGCACAUGGGUGGAGGUGACAAUGGAGGGCAGCUAUGACAUCUUGCAUGAUAUCAGUUGCACCAUGAGGAAGCCCAUCACCAGUCUGUACCGCACUACAGUCAUCCGGCGCUUCUGGAACACCUUGCAAAGCAUCAACCAGACAGAUCAGAUGUUGGUUCAUCUGCAGUCUUUUGACACCGUCCCAGAACACUUCACCAUUCCUGAGAGCACCAAGAACGGUGUGCCCCUCUUCUACAUCCCCCCAGGCUCCACCACUCCGGUGUUGUCCCUGCAGCACAGUGGGUCUGACUCGAGCCAUUCCCAGUUUGCCUCCUACUGGAAGCCUAUCCUUUCCAUGGAUGCCAACUUCUGGCAGAGGUGGCUGCACAUGCAUCGCAUUGUUCUCCUUUUGGAACAUGACACGCCUGUUCCCAAGCACCUGCACACGCCGGGCAACAAUGGCCGCUACAGCACCAUCCAGUGCCGUAUCUCUCACUCAGCACUCACCUCCUUGCUGCGGGACUGGAGCAGCUUCGUGCUAGUGGAAGGCUACUCCUACGUCAAACUCAUGCAUGGCUCUGAGGAUCCUACUCCUUCCUCAUUUUAUGUGGUGCGGAUCAUCUCCAAAGCUCCCUGCAUGGUUCUCCGGCUGGGCUUCCCCAUUGGCACACCUGCGCAGGCCAGGAACAAGAUAGUGGAAGAGUUACGGGACCGAAUCUUGCAGCUCCGCUUUCCCCACAGGGUCCAGAGCAAAGAGGCAACUCCAAAAGCAAAGAGGAAAAUGUUUGGCAGUAGUUCUCCCUCCAAGUCUCCACCUGUGGCUGGGGCUCAGUCAGCCUUCUCAGAUAGGCCCUGCCUCGUAGUGCUGCACAAGCCCUUGGAAAAGCUACUUAUCAGGUACGAGAAGCUGCCUUCUGACUAUCGCGCUCCCUUCAUUCUCAAUCUGGAGCAUCCCCCAGUGUCUGGCCCACUCACUAUGGUGGCCAACCGUACUGCCUCUUCCACCCUGGCCUCACUGUCCCGCUACUUCUAUCACCAGCGUUGGAUCUGGAGCGUCCAGUCAGGGCUGGCGCCAGCUGUUCCCCUCACAGCUGUAGCCCAGCUCCUCUCCACGCUCACGGAAGUCCGUCUAUCAGAGGGUUUCCACUUUGCAUCCAGUGGGGAAGGAAUUAUCAACAUGGUGCUGGAGCUGCCAAUACAGAUUGACGGCUCGAGCGAGAGCAGUGGCAGCAGGGAGAAACACACCUGUGUCGUUCAGUACAUCUUAUUCCCCCCGCACUCCACCUCCACCAAGGACAGCUUUUCCACAGAUGAUGACAAUGAUACAGAGGUGGAGGCCAUUGAGGUGGACACAGAAUUGAAUCUGGUCACUGAGUGCUGGGUGGAGCCACAGAGUGGCCACGUCCAUAGUACUGCUGAAAACUGGAAGCAUCUCCAUGGCUUGCCCUACCAGAAAAUACCUAAAGCGCUCUAUCCACGGGACCUUGCUUGCAUUGCCACCAUGCUGACCUUCGAGUACAUCAGCCAGUUGUGCCAGAACAAGGAGUGGGUCUGCCCUUCUUCUGACGCCAAAGCCACUGAAGAUCCAGACAUGGGUGCUGGUUUCCGAGUACACGAGAUCCCAUUCCAGUUCAACCUCAUGAAGCUGUUGCCGAGGUGCCAGCAGGUUGAAAUGUUCUUCCUAAUGCUGACAAAAGCAGAGAAUGAGGAGGUGACCAAGGACUCUUCGUUUGUGCCCAAUGAAAUGCUACUAAACCUCUUCCAUGGCUGCCUGCAGCAUGAUCUCAGUGACCGGGAGAUCCCCAUGGCUGACGCUGAUCACAUGGCUUUCAUGGAGCAGGUUCUGCAGCGGGACCGUGAUGGCCAUCAGCCACCCUUCAUGCUCCCUGUAAUUCGAGAAGAAACCCUGAAAGCCUCUGGGACCCUGGAGCAGCAGGAUGCUUCUGCAUCGUAUCACCUUGCUGGCAGCAAUGGCACCAGGGAUAUGACUGGCUCUACAAGUACUCUGCAGAGCCUGGGCAACACAGAGCUGCCUGAGGACGACGUGACCCGGUGUAACACUGCUGGGCUUUUUCUCCCGCAGUGGCGAUGCUAUGCCAAGCUGGUCAACCCGCAGCACGUGUUCCUCACCUUUCUGCCAGCCACCUUCUCAGAUGUACAGAAGCUGAUGGCUUGUGGGUUGGACAGACCUCCAAAAGAUGAGAGUAGAGCUGGAGCAGAUAUCCUGGGACCUGUCUGUGCAGAGCGAGGCAUGGCUGAGGCUGAAGAAGGGGAUGCUGCAGCACCAUUACCUACCCUCAGCAUAACGCCAGCCCAUGAAGUGGGCCGUGACUCUGGAGAACAGGGUGGCCCCUCACGGAGAGACAUACAUAUCUCCUUCUGCCGCCAGAACUCACAACCUGAGCUAGGCGAGUGCCGCCGAUUUCGCUGCCCCAUCUACAUCUACAGCUGCUCUCUGGAGCUGUUGCGAGAGCAGCUUGUCAGCCCACGGACACACCGUCCUCCCCGGGAUAUCUUUUUCAGGUCCCAGUCUCUGGAGCGUCCUCCUGCUGCUGCUUGGCUAGACCACAAACAUAAGGAGUUGAUGAGUUACUGCACACUGCUGCAGGAGCACUCCCACCAGUGCUAUGUGAAAGGGCUGUUCAAGAGCCUUCAGCAGUCCCACAGCAUCAGUUCCCAGGACCUGCUCACAGCCAUGGACUACUGUGAGGAGCUGCUCCAAGAGAUUGAUAUCACCAACUUUCUGCUGACGGUGUGCAGCCAUGUGCGCUCCUUUCGAGAAAGCCACCAACAUUUCCAAGCACACCACAAGACUGCCACCUUCCAAGUGGGCUGCAUAGAGCAAGAAGAGGAGCAGAGCUCCAGGGAACGGGGUGUCUUGGUCUCUGAAUCCAGUGCGGAAAUGGAGGACUACAGUGAGCAGGACUCCCACAACAUUGCUAGCCCUACAGAGGAGCCAAAGAGCAGUAUGGGCACCAGUUGCUGUUCAGAGUUUCCCCUCUCACUGCUGGAAAUUGGGCAGCCCUGUCAGGCUCACCCCGACUUGCAUAAAAUUAUCCAGGAAAAGUUCUUGGAAAUUGGAAGUUUACAUUUCAAGCCAGUGCCAUCAAAUCCUCACUACUUCUUCUACUGCCCACCAUCAGCCAAGAAGGAGGAGGAGGUAUCUCGGGAUCAGACAGACAGGAAAGGCAGUGAGGACAUGGAGGGAUCAGAGGCAGAACUGGCGGCUGAGGAAGGAACUGUGUCUGGGUGCUGCAUUGCCACAGAGAGUGACCCAGAGCUGGAGGUGGAGUAUCGCGAGAAGCUGGAGCAUGAGUUCCCAGACACGGAUUCUCUCUCAGACUCCAACACGGUGAACCAGGAUGAUGACUCCUUCAGUGUGCUGGGAGGGGACUCGCUCAAUGAGCAGGAGUUCCUGGAGCAGGAGAUGCCCCCACUCUUUGUGCACCUCACCUGUUCAGUGAAGCUGCGCAGUCAGCACAGUUCCAUGCCUGUGCAGUCCCUGCCCACUUGUCUAGGGGAAGUCUUGGGCUGCCUGGAAAGCUGCCAGGGCUUGAACACCAUUGACUUGGGGGACCUCUGUGUGACCCUGGACAUCUUUGUGUUAACACUGCCCCUGGAGAUAGAAGUUGUGAAUGCAGACAUUCUCCACAACAGAUGCACCUCGGAGAGCAGUGUGUCCUUCACCCGCUCUCCAGGGCAGCCGUCCUCUUUCCGCUCAGAUGAGGAUAUCAUGCACAACUUGGACCGGCUCCCAUCUACAGGAGAUGAGAGGCACCCUGCACUCUCCAACCUCCCUGGAGUGCACAGACAGGCUAUUGAAGCCACCAUGAAUGAGAUUCGCUGGCUCCUGGAUGAUGAAAUUGUGUCUGCACUGCGCCACUCGCAAGUCAUCAAUGCUGCCAUCCUGCACCGGGUGGCCACCCACAUCUAUAACUCCAAGGGGCGGCCCAGCUGCCACAGCGAAGUGGUGCUGCUCCAGUUUGUCUUUGGACCUGAGCACUCUCUCGAGAAGUUCAAGGAGGAGUUCAGGAGAAUGGCUCUGCCAGGCUACGUGCUCAAUGCAGAAGGCAGUGACUAUCACUACAUCUCUAUCAGCCGCCUGCAUUCCAGGCGGGCAGCUCCAAACCCUUUGGGGACACCCUGCUUACAACAGCCAGCUGGAGGGGACAGUAGGACAGCUCUGGGCCAGGCAGGCCGAGAGGGGAGCAGUGAAGCUGAGGCAGAGGGCUCGGAGCUACCCCAUGCAAGCUGUGUCCUCCCAGAGGAAGCCCGGGGUCUCUGGGAGUGGUCGGAGAGUGAGAGGAACGUUGUGCCGGACACAGGAAACCCUGUAGGUGGAGGCAGCCACACGCAGGAUGAGGUCCCAAGGGAAGCACUGAGCCUUGAGCAGAGCAGAGCAUCUGGCCACGACUCCCUAGAGGAGGCAGCUCUGGAGACAACCAUACAAUCCUUGCCAUCCUCAUCCUCGGAAAAGGGCAACAGUGAGAAAUCGCCAUCAGUGACACCAUCUGCAGCAAGUCUGGCUGACUCUGUAACCCAGGGCAGGGAAGGUUCCAGCAAGCAGCGUCCCAGCCGGGUGCAGAGCCUGGUGUCAAGCCAGGGCAGCAUGGACUCUGACCAUCUGGGUUACGAUGGGGGAAGCAGUGACUCAGAGUAUGAGGAAGCACUGAUGAGUGACCAGGAACCCAGAUGUCCCCUCAUGCCAGAUUUCUGGCUGAUCAUAAAAAUCCAGCAGGACCGAGUGGAGGUCUAUUAUCACACACGCAGCCUGAGUGUGGAGAAGGCAGCAACAGCAGAGACAGGAGAGGAGCAGCCAGGGGAGUGCCAGAGUCUCAGCCAGUUGGUGGUGAAGAAGAUCAGUGAAAUCUGCAGGGUCGUUAAUCAGCGUUUGCUGCUGCAGGACCUGCACGACAGCCAUGUGUGCAACUCAUUGCUGGUGGCAGAGAGCGAGGAGGAUAUCUGGAAGAGUGAAACUCCCUAUACCUCUUAUAGGCAGCGUGCCUUGCCCACAGAUGAUUACUCCGUAGAGGAGAGCUACCAGCCCCGGGACUACCUGGCUGCCACUAUGCAGUUCAUGCCAGGGCACUUUGCUUGCGAUGUGGUGUGGAGCACCCUCAUCCAUGUGCAUUCACGGCUCAAGAUGGGCCCCAAUAUGGGGGUCUCGCGAGCUAUCCAGGCUCUUCGUUCAGUGCUCAACGCCUUCUCCGUGGUGAACAGGAAGAAUAUGUUUGUCUACCAGGAACGUGCCACUAAAUCUGUCUUUUACCUCCGACUCACUGAAACCACUUACAGUGGGAAGGUGUGGGAAGCAGAGAGCGUCCUUAGUCCAGCAUCUCGUUCACUGGCACUGACACGCAGCCAGGAGCCCAUUUACCCUGAGGAUCUAAUGGGCUCUCGUUCGUCUUUAGACACAGCCUCGUGCCGCAGUGUGGACUCUGCCCGCCCUGUGGGACAGGUAGACAGGCACAUCCAGCUGAUGGUUCACGGUGUUGCCCCAGCAGGGCCUGAGAUCACAGAUGAACUGGUGAAAGUGCUGCGGAGGCGCCUGGAUGAGGCUACUCUGGAUAUCAUCACUGUGAUGCUGGUGCGGAACUGCAAGCUGACCCCAGCGGAUGUGGAGUUUAUCCAGCCGCCUGGGACGCCACCCACAGAGGUCCUGCAGUUUGCACUGCCCUCCUCUGCCCUGCCUUGGCUGCAUGCCGUGGCCUACUAUCUGCGCCAGAACCUGCUCAUCUUCCUGCACACCCCGAAGUACACAGACAGCAAUGUGGAGCACCACUUCAAGCACUACUUCCACAACAGUGGUAGCACCCCUGACCAGGACCUCUAUCUGUACAACAAGCCGGGUGGCCAAGGCACUGGUGGCAAAGGGAUCGCGUGCAUUGCCCUGACGUUUGUGGAUGAGAACGGCAGCCCCACCUCACUGCCCCAUGGGGAGAGGCCUGACCCUUCGAAGUUGCCUUCCUCCUCCCCCAUUGUGGGCCUGCUGCAGGACACUGACUUCGAGAGCCUCACUGCGGUUAGCCGGCACCAGCCAGAGACAGGCACCCUGCAUUCAGAGCCCUGUGUGCUGGUGCGCCUGGAUAUCUGGGAAAAGGGGAACAUCAGCCUGCUGCAGCUGUCUGAGAAGCUGCGUGGAGCCCUGCGCCACGCUCUCUGUGAUGCCGUCAUGGAGUUCCUCAUGCUGCCGGCCCCGCUCUGCGUGGAGGUCGCCUGCCCCCUGGGCGCCACGGACCUGGAGGAGCUGGGCUCUGCAGGAGGCCUUAGGAGGACCAUGUCAGAGACCAAGGGCCUGGCCAUGGCUGCUGGUGGGGUUGGCAGGGGCUGUCCUCCACCCUUGCACUUCACCUCUACCCCUUCAUCCAGUCCUGGGGAGCCUGUCACACCCACGAGCAAGCUGGGACGCCGCAGCUUCUGGGACAUGCUGAGCAAGGCAGAGUCCUCAGAGCUGGGCAGCCCCAAGACUACUGACGACAUUGUGCUGGAGCGGCCAGAAGAGGCUCGCACGCGGCGGCGGCACAAGACUGAGAGCGUCAAGCAGCACCUGAGCCAGGAUCGGGCCACAGCCACAGCUGAACUGGAACAGGCGCAGAGGCGCCGAGCCUGCCAGUUGGAGGAAGGGGAUGUAGGUACCGUGCACCCACUCUUCAAUCAAACCUGCCAGCAGUUGAUGGCAUUCAUGCACCACCUGGGGUGCCCAUCGGUGCAGCAGUGCUCAGUGGAGAUUGUGUCCCGUUUCCUCUUGUCUUCCAUCCUGGUGGAAGUCGUGAGCCUGGUCACUGCCCUGGCAAGCGACACCACUGUCAAGGUGUUCGAGCGGAUCUGUUACCAUCGGGGCACUGCCUUCCUGCCCUAUAAACCUGGCCAGAGCGCCAGCCCUCGCCCCGCAGCCGUCAGACACUUCAUUCUGCUGGGGCGCAACUUCCACCAGUGGCGUUGCAGCACUGAGCAGGCUCACAAAGGCCUUCAGCGCUUCGAGGCCAUGGAAUUCAGCUCGGCAGAGAGAGGGUCUGACCCAAGCCUCUCUGGGCGAGACCUGGCCCCCCGGCAGAGGUUCCUCUUCAUGGAGAUUGUCGACAAAAAGCUGACGCUCUACACUUACAACUGGUCCCCAGACCUGGGGGCUAACCUGAACUGCUCACUCACUCGCCUGCUGCAGUGGCAGAAUGCUCGGUCUCACAUCGUGCACUGCCUGCUCAGCCAGAAGCUGGGACUCUUCCACCACUACUGCUUCAUGGACACGCCGUGGCAUGAGGACAGCAAGCAGGAGCCAAACCCCUUCCUGAACUCCACUUUGGAGGUGGAUGCGCUGAUCCGCAGCUCCAGCCCCCCACCUAGUAAGGAACAAGGCUGGCUGAGCAGCUCUGCACGCAGUCUGCCAUCUCUGCAUUUCCAUCCCGAUGUGGUGCCCUUUGACGAAGCUCUACGGGACGUUACUGCUGUUAAGCGCAUACCCCAUGGGCCUGACUUGGGACCUUCUGACCCUGUGUCUCGGCAUGGGGCCCAAUUCCUGGAAAUCAAGAGCAUGGAGAGGAAAGAGCUGGAGAAACAGAUGAAGAUUGAGAAUCUCUUUGUGACCUGGCAGCAGAGAUCGGCGCAGUCCAACAUGCCUAUCAGUCUGGCAGACCUGGAGACUCUGAAGCAGUCCUCGCGCCUGGUUCACUACUGUGCUACCCCCUUGCUCUUUGACCCGGCCUUCCGGCAGCAGAUUCAGACUGACCAGCAGGGCAAGGUGGAGGGGAAGAAGCGCCACCGCUCAAAUGAUUCUACAGCUUCAGGGAGGGAUCGCAGCCACAGCUGUGACUCGACAGAAGCGCUGCCCUGCAAGCUGAAGGAGGAGCCCUGGCUGCAAGAAAUGUGCAAUGCCUUCCUGCAGCAAUACAUCCAGUACCUGCAGAGCAUGGGCUUCAUUCUGGUCCAGGUGCGGCCGCCCUCACCUACCACUCGCAGUAGUACAAGCCGGAUCCGAGCUCUGGCAGCAAUGGGUGUGGAGGGGAGAGGGUCCUUUUCCUACACAAAGCCGAAAGCUGAGGGAAGUCCAAAGAGCACAAGCCCCGCUGUUGCCACCUAUCAUCUACAGAGAGCUCUGCCAGGUGGGAUUGUGCUGAUGGAGCUGGCCUUCCAGGGCUAUUACUUCUGUGUGAAGCAGUAUGCGCUGGAGUGCUCGCGGAUCCCCAUGGGCCAGUCUGUGAACUCCCAGGGCACUCUUACAGCCAGAGCUCGCAGCAAGAGCUGCAUGGGACCCAGCUCCGUCUCUGAGUCUGCGCUCUCCAUGCUCUUCACGGAGGAGUGUGACAAGGUGCGGGACCUCAUGCACGUGCACUCAUUCAGCUAUGACUUCCACUUGCGUAUAGUGCACCAGUAUCUGCUGGGCUCCCAUAUGACCCUCCGCCAGGGCUACCAUCUCACCAGCUUCCUGGAGGAUUUCAUUGCCCACCACCCUGACAUACCCAAAUUUGGCCGCAACCAUGUUUUCCAAGGCAUGCUGGCCCUACCCACCAACAUGAUCACUGCACACCAGCUGUACAACUACAUUGCUGACCAUGCCAACACCUACCACAUGAAACCCCUGCGCAUGGCCCGGCCAGCCACGGGCAGUGACAGCAAGAAGGGGGCACCAGGCACAGAGCAGAAUGAAUAUGCACUGGUCUCUAUCUGGAACAGCUCGGGCUCCUACAAGGACUCUGAAGGUCUGCGUCAUCACGAUGACUUUGACGUGUCCCUGCUGGUGUGUCACAGUGCGGCACCAUUUGAGGAGCAGAGCGAGGCAGAGAGACGCAUGCUCCGCUUGCGUUUCUACGUCAUCAUGACUAGCCAGCGGGAGCUCUUCCCCCGGCUCACAGCCGAUAUGCGGCGCUUCAAGAAGUUGCCACGCUUGCAGCGGGACGUGCUGGAGCCUAUGGUGGGCCGGGCCGCGUGGGAGGCAGCAGAGCCAGAGCCAAGCCUGGGGCAGCAGCAGCCAGCAGAGCGGGAGCUGUGGCAGGACGUGGAGGACAGCAGCGAGUUUUAUGCAGGGGGCACACAAGUCAAACUGGGGCCUGGGCUCUUCUAUACCUCGCCGCUCUUCCCCUUGCUGGCCUCCGAGGUGGCCUCAGCCCAGAAGCAGCUCAGCAACAUGGUGCAGCUGGCCAAGUGCCACUGCCGCAGGGACAACCUCUGGAAGCGUCUCUUCCUUCUGGAGCCUCUGGCUUCUGACAAGCUGAAGCUGGGCAAACUCUCAUUGGUGGAGCUGGAGGAGCUGCUUGACGCCGUGCAUGGGAAAUCCAUUGCUGACGUUGACCCUCAGCUGGGAUGCUUCCUCACCAUGACGGUCUCCUGGUACCAGAGCCUCAUUAAAGUGCUGUUGAGCCGCUUUCCCCAGAGCUGUCGGCACUUCCACAACACUGAAACCGGCACCCAGUACCUGGUGGUGCUUAAUCAGAAAUUUACAGAUUGCUUCGUUCUUGUGUUUCUUGACUCCCAUUCAGGAAAGACGCAGAGCCUCACGGUGGUUUUCCGGGAGCCAUUCCCUGUGCAGCCCCAGAACAGUGAGAGCCCUCUGCCACAGCUUGUGUCCACGUACCAUCACCUGGAGUCAGUUAUCAACACUGCCUGCUUCAACCUCUGGACAGGCCUGCUCUAGCACUGGAGCCCACGUCCUGCAGUGACACGUGUACUGGACCUCUCUGCACGUCUGUGCCAAUGGUCACGAUGGGGAAGAACAGGCCUCUUGGUACCUGUGCUCCAGCACUGCAGGCAGCACCGCUACCACACGGGUACCAAACUGAGGAGCCUGGGGAUGUGCGAGGACAGCGUGGCUCCUCCCCUCGGGCUCCAGCCCCUGCUGCACUUCCACUGCUCACUGGCUGGCAGGUGUGGCCCUCAGCACGCUUUUCAGUGGGUCUGCACUGAAUGAACUUGAACUGAAUUGCAGGGACGGGAGCUUGGCUGCUGCAGCCUGGCAGAGCGGCUCUCAGGGACAUGGCUUUGGCAUCUGCAGAUGAGUUCUGCCUGCCAGGAAGGAGUGGAGGAGCACGCUGCAUCUUCUGGCAUGGGGCAGCAGCAUACCUCACCUUAGGUGAAGAGGCUCCUGCACUUUAGGGCUCUGGGCACUGCCCACUUCUGGCCCUUUGCUUUUAUCAGGAGAGCACCAAAUGAGACAGGAAGGGUGAACUGGACCAGGGGAAAGGUUUUUCUUGGAGAUGUACACUAAAGCCAUUGCUAUAUCUGUGAAGUAAACUGAACCAGAUUCCCCACUUGUAUGCUGCUGGCUAGCCUUCCGUAGGGGCUGCAGAGGCAACCCUGACCCUGCAGGCUGCCUCUCCUCGAAGUGAGGCUGCAGGGGGCUAGCUGGAUUUGCACUGGAGUCUCAUACUUGCUCCAGAGCAACAGUAAUACAAUCCCUCUGUCAGCAUGGAGUGUCCCUGUGAAGGCAGCUCAAGCCUGGUACCUCAGUUUGGGGGCAUGGCCUCUGUGCUCAGCCCCAGGUUGAACCAGGGGUUCCUCUCAGGGAGCCUGCAAGGCAGCUGGUUGCUUCACUUUCCCCACCUGCCUGCAGCGUUUGGCAUUCUGACAUGAGUGUCUUGGCUGCACAACAGCAGCCUCAAGAACUGCAAGGCAUGGAAAAGGCAGGACGUCAAAGCCCACAGCCCGUCCCUCUUCCCCUGAUUCCAGGGGAAUUCCUAAUUGCCACUGAGGAGGUGAAGGUGCUCCUGUGUACCUGAAGUCAUCCUGUUACCUCCAGUGCUGCCUAAGCCACCCCCAAAUAUGACUUGUGUCAGACUGUACUUGUGAAGAAGAGAGUGCAACUUUCUGUGCUGGCCCAGCAGAACCUGCUGCAGGCCUGCAGAACAGCCUUGAUCUCAGCAGAGUGUGUUAAGAAGGUGACUAGGACAUAAAAACUCUUAACCUCGCUCUAGAAAUCACCCCAGUCAAACAGGGAACAGACUUGCCUUUCUGUUUGGGCCAUUGAUUUGACUUUUAUUCCAGUGAUUUCAUUCUGUUUUAUUCUGUUGCCUUUCCAGUCUCUCCGUGCUGCAGGCCUCGGCUCUCCCAGUACGAGCGCAGCCAGCCCAGACCUUCCACUGUGUCUCCUGCAGUGAGAGACAGGGUUUUCUGCUGCCCCCUCCAGGCGAGCUGGAGCUGAUUUUCCUGCAGGCAGGGUACUCAUCCCCAGGUGGGCCCCCCCAGCCCACUGUGCCUGCACAGCUCCCCUAGGACAUGCCUGCCUUUCUCAUAGUCCUCCACUGGUCUGUGCUGGGAUCUGCCAGUGGCGUUCAGACCCUGCAGGCCCACUCACCUUUUGGAGCAUACUCGCACCCCACGUAGCCAGUAUAGCCGAGGGACUCCAGGAGCUGGAAGAGGUAGGGGAAAUUCACCUCCCCAGGGCUGUCAGGCUCAUUCCGCCCUGGCACCUGUGCAAUCUGGAUAUGACCUAGGGAGAGAAUGAGAGGCGCUCUGCCCAGGGCCACUGUGCGUGCAGCCUUCUAUAGGCAUGGGACAAGGUGACCUGAGAGCAGCCCCUCACCCCCAGCCAGCCACUGCAGAGCAUGUGAAAGGAGGGCCCCAUCUCAGCCACUCCUGCCCCAUGUACGUGUAGGAGCCCCUGCCGGCGCAGUGCCCUACCUAUGAGUGGGAAGUAUGUCUCCAGGUUGCGUGACAAAUUCCCAUCCAUGAUCUGGCAGUGAAAGAUGUCCUGCAUGACAGAGGAGACAGUGUAGGCUGUUCAGCAGCAAGUGGCUGGGGAUGUCUGUGCAGCAGUCCCUGUCCCUCCCUGUACCUCCAAGAAGGGCUACAAAGCCCACAGCCACCAGGGCUCCCCUGCAUACAACAUGCUGAGGAUGCUGGAGCAGGGCUGCAAGGCCCUGAAGCGUCUGAACCUUUCCCGUGACCCUCACAGCACUGUGCUGGGUGUCUCCUUCUGCUUGCUGUAUUUGCUAAUACCCAGCUUCACCAUGGAGCUGAGUUUGGCUUUACGCAUGGGAAGCGAGGUUCCCUGGUGGAAGGUGGACCCUCGAGAUGCUUGAUGCUGACUCACCAGCUGCAGCUUCAGGUUGGGCCGUCCCACCUUCUCCAAGAUGGCAGCAGCUAAGGGUGCAAGAGAUGAGUGCCAGUCAUUCCCAGGCUGAGAGCUUCAGGGUGAAGCCCUGAAACCCCCAUUCACCAGCUGUGCUCCCACAGCAGGUCCCUGCAGGCAGGGCAACCUCCUCGCUUUGCACUCAAGCAGCAGCAAGGGAUCUGCCUUCAGUCAGAACGUGUAGGGGCUCCUCCUCCUCCCUUGAAAGACACUUUUGGGAGAGAUAUCUGCCUUACCUUGGUGUGGGGUGUUCAGAAAGUAGCGGGGGUCAGUGAUGCGACUGUUAAUGGGCUCUAUCAGUCCAAUCAUGUCUUCCUGUAACACAGUGAUGUCACCCCAUGGAGCAUCUUGUCACCUCUGCAGCAGGCAGCUGCUGGCUUGUGCUGCAGGCCAGGAGCACUCCCUGCCUGUGCCAGCCUGGUGGGGGGCUCACUACCCUCAGUCCCCUAAGAGUUGCACCCAUGGAGCAGGACCCGUUUCCUAGUUACCUGGGCCAGGACGUCAGCAGCAUAUCGGAGAUUCUCAAUGAACGUGGUUUCCAUCUCGCCUGCCACUGCUGCCCGGUCUGCACCCACAGGAACCCGUCCAGCCAUCAGAUGGAUCCUGCAGAGAGAUCAGCCGUGGGCAGUAGCUGCAGUCUCCAGACUGAGUCGUCAAGCACUAAUGCACCUUCCUCUGCAGGUAGAAAAUGCAGCGAGCAUGGGGAAGCAGACACAGAAUGUGUCAAAAGUAGUUCCCUUCCACACAGGAGGCAAAAAAGGCUCUGGUGAGCUGCAGGGAUACAAGCCUGUACAAUCCCCCUUCAGUAUUCAGAGGAACAUCUUUGAACCUAUUAAGUGACAAAUCAUAGGCCUUGGUUCUUCCCUCUUUUGUCAGCUCCCUCCUCCUCCCUCGUGCUAAGGCCAACCCCAGAGAUUCAGAGUUCAGAUCAGAGUUCUCAUAGGGUCUCGCUACUGGAGCUGCCCUGAAGCCAUCACGAUGGACGGCAGGCACGCUUUCUCUGCUCAGGGCAGAUCGGAUGCCUUGUCUUGUUGUUUGCUACAGCCAAAGGUUUAGAACAGGGAGGAGAAAAGGUGGCCAGCUGCUGGGCUAUAACAGGCUGCAUACAAAGCUCAACUGCAGGGCAAGAACAAGGAUCUUAAACCAUUUGGUGAAGGGAUACUGUGAAAACAAAACAAACUAUCAUCUCCCUGUUAACAGAGCAAAAUGACCUGCAGCCCUCAGUCUGACUUAUCCUGUAGGCAGGGCCUUAGGUUACAUUUUGAGGGAAAGAAUGAUGCAAAGAGGUAAAUGGAAUAAAAAUGGAACACUGUUUUUCUGAAGUGGAUUGUGCCAGACUAAUUGCAUCUCUUGCAAUGUAUCUACUGCACUUUGAUCAGUGAGGACUUCAGUAAAGCAACUGUUGUGAUGUCA